UCCCCUUUCUCAAACCAGUCUGCACUUUUCAUUCAAGGAAGCAGAGAGAGAGAUGUCUAUGACUAUCGAUGCCUUGCCUCCUCUGAUACACGCGCAGCUGAACUAUCUACUCACUCACUCUCCUCUCUCUGUUAAGGUUGAUCGGGUAUGGUCUGGUGGCAAGAAUUCUCGCUAUUGCGAUCGUUUCACUUUGCUUAUCCCAUUUUGCCUAGAUUAUAUCAAAUGGGAUGUAAUGUACAACGCCCUGUAUCCCCUUGGAGCACCAGAUAUCAUAUUUGCCCCUGAAGAUGAGGACUUUCACCCCCUUCUUAUGAUUGCUGAAGGAGGAGAAAUUCAGACAGCCAAGAGCACUUUGUCUGAUUGGAACAGCAAAGACCCAAAAAGGCUGUUAUCUCUCGUUCAUGAGCUAAGGGAUCUAUACAUGUCUUACCAGAGGAAGCGUGUUGGGGGAGUUGAUGAUGCGAGAUUGAAGUUUGAAUUAAGUACCAUUCUCUCUAGGGAGGGAAUUGAAGUGUGCAUGUUUUCAGGAUUAGAAAAGCCAGAGGAGGUUAAAUUUGCUGUACCUCUACUGGAUAUGGACUUGAAUAAACUGGUACAUGGAUGCCCCUGGAGGCAUCAGCAAAAGAUCUACUUACAGGUUGUGUUUCCAGUUAUCAGAAAGUAUUCUUCAGCUCCUUCUGCCCCACGUGUAAAAUUAGUCUCUUCCUCAGAACUAAAGACCUUAUUUUCUAUUGAAGAUAUCAAGCUUCCUCCUUGGAUAGAUGGAAUGUGUAUGGCGGAAUACCUUCCUAAUUUAGAAGAAAAUCUCAAGGCACAGCUCUUGGAGGCAGUUGCAUCUGUUGGCGCUAGAAGACGCUUUAUUGAGGCUUUAGCCCCCCAUUUUGGAAGGCCAGUAGAAGCAGAUCCAGAAAGCCACAGUUCUUGCUGCUUCUGGGGUUUUUACAUUUCUGGCAAAAAUCUUUUAGCUUUUGUUAUUCUCCCUGAUUCUGAGGUGCACUUUCUCCUUCCAACUCAGUUCCCUAAGCAACAACCGACUUUGAUGCUCCAAAGUUCUCAGCAUUUCAAUUCUCAAGGCACACCAGUCAUGUCACCUCCUUUGACAGAUUAUCCUUGGAGCCCAAGAUGGGAAACCUCUCUAAUGGUUGAGCGGAUUUUUGAAUUCCUAGUGGACGAGUGUUUGAACUUUAAAAAGUACUGCAACGAUACCCUACUUCCGCAACACUAGUAGCCUUUGAAGCGCAGGAGAAAGGAUUCCAGCUGGGACCCAUCUGACAUGCCACAUCUUCUCCGGAACCCUGCUGGGUAUCUGCCACCUCAUUGCAUGUCCAGCGCGGGGGUGAAGCAAACUGCUUUCAGGCAUUGAACUGAUCCAUGUAGGGCCAAUUUCUGUUUCCAGUGCCUUUAUAAAGAGUGGGAUAUUCUAUGGGUUGGGUGUAGUUCAGUGAUUUGUACUGAGAUGGUUGGCUUAUGAGAUCUUCACCUUUGUAUGUUCAUCCAGAUGGGUUUUACUUUGUUAACUGAAAAGCUUGCCUGUUAUUCAGUGAGUUGCGCAAAUACUCAAGUGUCAUAUUUGUUGCAUUUAUAGCAUACAUAGCAUUUGGCUGA